AGGAAGGACACUGGACACUGGGGUAGCCUUGGGUGUCUCAUCUCAGCUCUUAAAAGGGUUAGAUCUCCAGCCAGUUUCAUGGGGCUGCUGGCAUUGCUGGGCAUGGAGGCCUGGAGUCUGGGCAGUUUUAUUUGCUAUGUCCUUCCUUCCCUCUUCCUCCUCCUGGUUGUGCUAUUGAGGCUGUAUGGAGAGGGGUCAAACAUCUGGACUCUCCAGGGUUGCCCUGUAGACUUAACUGGGAAGACUGCUGUAGUGACCGGAGCCAACUCAGGUAUAGGGAAGGCUGUGUCCUGUGAGCUGGCCCGACGUGGGGCUCGUGUGGUCCUUGCCUGCCGGAGGCUGCCUGAGGGACAAAGAGCACUUGCAGACAUCCAGAAAGCCACUGGGAGCAGAGAGUUAUUGCUUCAGGAGCUGGACCUCAGCUCUAUGGCCUCCAUCCAGAGCUUUUCCCAGAAGCUUCUUCAAGAGGAACCCCACAUCCACCUGCUGGUCAACAAUGCUGGGGUCUCCGGGCUGCCCUACAAGACUCUUACCUCAGACGGCCUGGAAUUGACUUUCAUGACCAACUACCUUGGGCACUUUCUGCUCACAAACCUGUUACUGAAGGGCCUACUCGGGGCAGGCUCAGCCCGAGUGGUGAAUGUGAGCUCUUUUCGACACAAGUAUGGAUUUGUGAAUGAACAGCACCUGGUAGGGGCUGGGGACCCCCUUCCCGAACACCAGAAUUAUGACUGUUCCAAGCUGCUAUUGAUCCUUUUCACUAAGGAGCUUGCCCAGAGACUUCAAGGGACAGGUGUGACAGUGAAUUCAGUGGAUCCAGGGAUUGUAAAGACGGAAAUUAUGAAGAAUCAUACCUGGUUAUAUCGCAGUAUCUUCUGGCUCUUGAGUGUCUUCUUAAAGACUCCUGCACAGGGUGCCGUUCCCGUCCUGUACCUGAGCUUAGCAGAAGAACUGGAUGGCAUUUCAGGAAAAUAUUUUAACUCCAAAUGUAACCUGACCUUGCCUUCUGAGCUUGCCCGGGACCUUAAAGUGGCCCACAGCCUCUGGAAUGCCUCAGCCAGACUGACCAACCUAGAGAAAAUAACCAAGAGGGAAUGACUUGGCAAAGUCCAGUGAGCCCUCCCUCCUGUUAUUCCCACUCUCACUGCAGUGACUUGAUUCAAUUUGUGGCUUAUCACUAAACUGAUCAGAAGACUCUCAAAGUUGUUUUUCUGUAUAAUGUGAUUGUGGUAUAUGCAUUGUUCUCCUGGUUCUGCUGACUUUAUCCUGCAUCAGUUCAAAAAGGUCUUUCCAGUUUCUGCUGAAAUUGUCCAUUUCAUCUUUUCUUAUGGCACAAUAUUCCAUCAAUUCAUAUACUACAAUUUGUUUAGUGAGAAAACCAAAUUGAUUUUAUCCUGUAAUUGAUUGAUUUUAUUCUGUAAUAGGCAGUGCUACACUUCAUUUUCUUUGUCUUUAAGCUAAUUUCAUAAGUAUGUAAGUUCAGAAAUUGAAUCUUCCCCUCUGAACGAGUUUAAAAGUUCAGCUUUCCUGUAAAUCACCUUACUUAAAAGAAGUCUAUUAUCUUUGUUCCACCAGCUGCAGUUGCAGGAUGUUGCCCUUCUUUGAUAGCUGCUCUGUUACCUAUAUACCAUGAGUUAUUCUUACAGAAUGCAGGUAGACUACUUCAUCAAUCAAAGUGGAAGGAGGGGUUGUUGCUAGCCCAUAUUCAAAUCAACAAUAUUGUCCCUCAUGCCUAUGGUGCUACGGGCUCUGUAGUCGAUCACAUCAUUUUCCCCAUCUAGGAUGCUGCUUUCUAUUUCUCAGAUACUCUUUCUUUUGUCUGUAAAGGCUGUCCCCUUCAUCCAGGGUCUUAGCUAGCUGAGGAGGCUGAGACCCUGUUUAUUGGAAAAUUCUUGCUUUGUCAAUAAAUUGAUCAUUCUUGGGACUUUGUGACUCAA